GCUCCCUCUUUUCUCUCCUCUUUGCGUCAUGUCGGGCACUUGAAUUUUAUUUAUUUAUUUUUUUUAAUUCCUCCUUCAUCCCUUUCCACCUCUCACCUUCCUCUUCCUCUCCCAGGUGAUUUGUUUUCCUCCUCUCUGAGCUUGCCCAUGAGCCUCCUCGGGAGCUACCGGAAAAAGACCAGCAACGAUGGUUAUGAAUCCUUGCAGCUGGUGGACAGUAACGGGGACUUAAGUGCGGGGAGCGGCGGGGGUGGCGGCAAGCAGAGAGUGACUGCCGGGGCGGCGGCGGCGGCGGCGCGGAGUCCCGCCCGGCAUCCUCCGGACCGCGCCAGCACCAUGGACAGCUCAGGUGCCUCUUCUCCAGACAUGGAGCCUAGCUAUGGGGGCGGUCUCUUUGACAUGGUGAAAGGAGGGGCCGGGAGGCUUUUUAGUAAUCUAAAGGACAACUUGAAAGACACCCUCAAAGACACUUCCUCUAGAGUUAUACAAUCUGUUAGCAGCUACACAAAGGGAGAUUUAGACUUCACUUAUGUUACCUCAAGAAUUAUUGUGAUGUCCUUUCCUCUGGAUAAUGUUGACAUAGGAUUUAGGAAUCAAGUCGAUGACAUACGAAGCUUUUUGGAUUCCAGACAUCUUGACCACUACACAGUGUACAAUCUGUCUCCCAAGUCUUAUCGAACUGCAAAGUUUCACAGCAGGGUUUCAGAAUGCAGUUGGCCCCUUAGGCAGGCACCCAGUUUGCACAACCUCUUUGCUGUAUGUCGGAAUAUGUACAACUGGCUACUACAGAAUCCCAAAAAUGUCUGUGUUGUGCACUGCUUGGAUGGACGGGCGGCAUCGUCAAUUCUGGUUGGUGCUAUGUUCAUUUUCUGUAAUCUCUACUCUGCUCCUGGCCCAGCUGUUCGAUUGCUCUAUGCAAAGCGACCAGGAAUUGGACUUUCGCCAUCCCACAGGAGGUAUCUGGGCUAUAUGUGUGACCUACUAGCGGACAAACCCUACCGCCCUCAUUUCAAGCCUCUCACAAUUAAGUCCAUCACUGUCAGUCCAAUCCCUUUUUUUAACAAACAGAGAAAUGGAUGUCGCCCUUACUGUGAUGUGUUGAUUGGAGAAACCAAAAUAUAUACAACCUGUACAGAUUUUGAACGAAUGAAAGAGUAUCGUGUCCAAGAUGGAAAAAUCUUCAUUCCUUUAAACAUCACUGUGCAAGGAGAUGUGAUUGUUUCCAUGUACCACUUGAGGUCAACCAUUGGGAGCCGACUACAGGCUAAGGUGACCAACACACAGAUAUUCCAGCUUCAGUUCCACACAGGAUUCAUACCAUUGGACACAACGGUUUUGAAGUUCACAAAACCUGAGUUGGAUGCAUGUGAUGUACCAGAAAAAUAUCCUCAGCUAUUUCAGGUGACACUGGAUGUAGAACUGCAGCCCCACGACAAAGUGGUAGACCUAACGCCACCUUGGGAGCAUUACUGCACGAAAGAUGUUAAUCCCAGCAUCCUCUUCUCUUCUCAUCAGGAGCAUCAGGACACCCUGGCCUUAGGAGGACAGGCGCCAGUUGAUAUGCCUGCAGACAACCCCAGGCAUGCUGGGCAAAGUGGCUUCUUCUCUUCACUCUGCUGGCAAGAUCAGAAAUCAGAGAAGACAUUCAGCGAGGAGGACCAUGCUGCCCUAGUGAAUCAGGAAAGUGAGCAGUCAGAUGAUGAACUUCUCACCCUUUCUAGUCCACAUGGCAACGCCAACGGAGACAGACAUCAUGGAGCCAAGAAGCCCAGCAAAAAACAGCAGGAGCCAGCUGCUCCCCCACCUCCUGAGGACGUGGACCUUCUGGGCCUAGAAGGGUCUGCAGUGAGUAAGGCCUUCUCUCCGCCAGCGGCCCCUCCCAGCAAUUCUGAACUGCUGAGUGACCUGUUUGGGGCUGGAGGCAUGGCUGGCCCUGCCCAGGCUGCACAGCCAGGGGUGGACGACAUGUUUCACCCCAGCGGACCUACAUCCAGUCAGUCCACACCACGCCGCUCUGCCCCCUCCGCCUCCGCCUCACCAACCCUCAGAGUGGGAGAAGGUGCUGCUUUUGACCCAUUUGGAACACCUUCUAAACCAUCAGGUCAGGAUUUGCUGGGUUCUUUUCUGAACACAUCCAAUGUAUCCAGUGACCCCUUUCUUCAGCCUACACGAAGCCCCUCACCUACUGUGCAUGCUUCUAGUACACCUGCUGUGAACAUUCAGGCCGAUGUCUCAGGAGGCUGGGACUGGCAUGCUAAGCCAGGAGGUUUUGGAAUGGGAAGCAAGUCUGCUGCCACCAGCCCCACGGGAUCUUCGCAUGGCACUCCCACACAUCAAAAUAAACCCCAGACUUUGGAUCCUUUUGCCGACCUUGGGACACUUGGUAGUUCUUCAUUUGCCAGCAAACCCACCACACCGACUGGAUUGGGUGGAGGAUUUCCACCUCUCAGUUCACCACAGAAGGCCUCUCCCCAGCCUAUGGGUGGAGGGUGGCAGCAGGGUGGUGGGUACAGCUGGCAGCAGUCACAGUCCAAGCCGCAGCCCAGCAUGCCCCACUCAUCACCACAGAACCGACCCAACUACAAUGUGAGCUUCUCAUCCAUGCCUGGGGGCCAGAGUGAACGUGGGAAAGGAACCACUAAUGUGGAAGGGAAACAAAAGGCAGCUGACUUUGAAGACUUGCUCUCUAGUCAAGGCUUCAAUGCCCACAAAGACAAAAAGGGGCCUCGAACUAUAGCUGAGAUGAGAAAGGAGGAAAUGGCUAAAGAAAUGGAUCCUGAGAAAUUAAAGAUUCUAGAAUGGAUUGAAGGCAAAGAAAGAAAUAUCAGAGCCCUCCUCUCCACAAUGCACACUGUGCUCUGGGCUGGGGAGACCAAGUGGAAACCAGUUGGCAUGGCAGACCUGGUAACACCAGAGCAGGUAAAGAAGGUUUAUAGGAAGGCCGUCCUGGUCGUGCAUCCAGAUAAAGCUACUGGGCAACCCUACGAACAAUAUGCAAAGAUGAUUUUCAUGGAACUAAAUGAUGCCUGGUCUGAAUUUGAAAAUCAAGGCCAGAAGCCCUUGUAUUAAUUAAUGAGCUUUCUCAUUUCUGCUGCAGACCUGUGCUAAUGCUUACGUGUGUGUCACAAUUCUGAGGUAUUCACAGAUGAACCAAAAAGUCCAGUAACAUGUUUCCAAUACUAACUAAACCGUUAAGUUACUUGUGAAUUAAUUCCUCAUUGAUAAGGAAUGUGGAUGUUUGGUUUCUUGAAGUCCCCAGAAUUACACGACCAGAGAUUCAGAGGAACAUUCAUUCAGUAACCUGGGGGAGUUACAACAUUCCAGCCUGUACUUUGGGGAGCCUCUUCAGCUGUUGGCCUGGGAGAAGUGGAACCCCAGGCCACCGAAGGCGCAACAUCCAUUUCAUUGAGAAUAGGAUUAAGUGAGCUGAAGUUAAGAUAAUAGAAAUACAUGAUGGUUUUAAAUAAUGUUUUUUAGAUUUUAUUGAAAAGCUGUAAUUUGAGCUAUGGCUUUACACAGACUUGAGGAGCACAACCAGCAAGUUUUUCUGUUUUAUUUUGUUUUAAAUGGAAAUUUACUGUGGCCUUUAGCAUACUGUACCCUUUUCUUGGUUAGAAGAAUUAACAUUGCAAAAGGACCUGAAUUAUGGAAAGUGAUUAUACUGCAGUUUUUUAUUACCAUGGACUGCCUGGGUAAGCAAAAAAUUAGUGAAAACACUGGCCAAAGAAAAUAGGAACUCUGCAGAUGAGGGAAUCUUUAAUCCUGGUCAGGGGUUGG